AUGAGGAAACAUGGAUGGCAGCUUCCUUAUCACCCUCUUCAGGUGGUGGCUGUUGCUGUGUUCUUGGCUUUAGGGUUUGCUUUCUAUGUCUUCUUUGCUCCAUUUGUUGGGAAGAAGAUGCAUCAGUACAUUGCGAUCGGCAUUUACACUCCCUUGAUUACAUGUGUGGUUGGACUGUAUAUAUGGUGUGCGGCUUCAGAUCCUGCAGACCGAGGAGUUUUCAGGUCAAAGAAGUACCUUAACAUUCCUGAAAAUGGGAAAUUCCCUCAAUCAAAGGAUACGAAAGACGGCUGCGGAUCAACUACAGGUGGUGCUAAGUCUCAUGACAGCACAUGUGUACCGGAUCCGGAAAAUAAGUCUAAGAAGAAACUGGAAUUGUCAGAGAAAUCGUCUCUCCUGCGGUUGCUUUGCUCUCCUUGUGCAUUGCUUAGUAGUUGUUGCGGUGGAAGCGAUGAUUCUUCCGAGCAGCAGAUGAGCGAGGAUGGGAUGUUUUAUUGCAGUCUGUGUGAAGUUGAGGUCUUCAAAUACAGCAAGCAUUGCAGAGUUUGUGACAAAUGUGUGGACCGUUUUGAUCAUCACUGCAGGUGGCUAAACAACUGCAUUGGCAAGCAGAAUUACCGAAAAUUCUUUAGCCUUAUGGUAUCAGCCAUUUUUUUGCUCAUUGUGCAAUGGUCAACUGGGAUUUUUGUGCUGGUAUUAUGUUUACUUCGAAGGAACCAGUUUAAUGCAGACAUUGCCUUAAAGUUGGGAAGCAGCUUCUCGCUAAUUCCGUUUGUUAUAGUCGUUGCAGUUUGCACUCUAUUGGCAAUGCUGGCAACGCUACCACUUGCUCAGCUUUUCUUCUUCCACAUUCUUCUCAUUAAGAAGGGAAUCAGUACAUACGACUACAUAGUUGCGCUUCGGGAACAAGAGCAAGAGCAAGAAGCUGGUGGAGGUCAACAAAGCCCUCAAAUGUCGAUGAUCAGCUCAUUCACUGGACUAAGCAGUGCAAGCUCCUUCAAUACGUUUCAUCGCGGAGCAUGGUGUACACCACCACGUUUGUUUCUUGAGGACCAGUUUGAUGUAGUUCCUCCAGAGAAUGCGUCUGUAAGUUCAUAUGGGAAGAAGUCAGUGGUUGAGGAACGUGUCAAGAAGAAGACCCAACCUGUGAAGAUCAGUCCGUGGACUCUAGCUCGACUCAAUGCAGAAGAAGUUUCAAAAGCAGCAGCAGAAGCAAGAAAGAAGUCCAAAAUAAUCCAGCCAGUGGCGAGAAGGGAAAAUCCGUUUGUUGGGAUGGAAGCAAGCAGCAGCUUUGGAAGCAGUGGCCGUAGAAUGUUCCCAUCAAAGUUUGAUGCCGUGAAUAAUAACGGGAAACAGAGAAGGCAAUCUAAGCGUAUACGGUUACCAGCAGAGUUGCCUCUAGAACCGCUGAUGAAUGGUCAGACAAAAGCAGCUAUGGAGACAUCAACUAGUUCAGGUUUAGCUCCUCUUCAGCUAGAAGCAAGAAGCGCGUUUCAGACAAGCCGAGCAAUGUCAGGGUCAGGUGGUGUAAUGGUUACAUCAUCACCUGAGAGCAGCUUAGACUCGCACGACAUACACCCUUUUAGAGUUUCGUCUGAAGCAGAAGAUGCAGCUCAGCUCAAUGGGUUUUCCUCAGCUAUUGGUCUGAUGGGUCAACAGAGAGGACAGCAGCAACAACAACAAUCCAUGAUGAUGCUUCCAUUGUCAAGAUCUACAAGUGAUGGCUACGAUGCAUCUGGCGGAGAAGACAGUGAUCAGGUUCCUUCUAGAAACAUCCACAAAUCAAGAUGA